AAGCGCUGGCAGUGCCGCAUGUGCGAGAAGUCCUACACCUCCAAGUACAACCUGGUCACCCACAUCCUGGGCCACAACGGCAUCAAGCCCCACUCCUGCCCGCACUGCAACAAGCUCUUCAAGCAGCCCAGCCACCUGCAGACCCACCUGCUGACCCACCAGGGCACGCGGCCCCACAAGUGCGAGGUCUGCGGCAAGGCCUUCACCCAGACCAGCCACCUGAAGCGGCACAUGCUGCUGCACACCGACAUCAAGCCCCACGAGAGCGGGCGGUGCCACGUCUGCGUGGAGUGCGGGCUGGACUUCUCCACGCUGACCCAGCUGAAGCGGCACCUCGCCACGCACCAGGGCCCCACACUCUACCAGUGCCUGGAGUGCAGCAAGUCCUUCCACUACCGCAGCCAGCUCCAGAACCACAUGCUGAAGCACCAGAACGUCCGGCCCUUCGUCUGCACCGAGUGCGGGAUGGAGUUCAGCCAGAUCCACCACCUCAAGCAGCACUCCCUCACCCACAAGGGCGUGAAGGAGUUCAAGUGCGAGGUGUGCGGGCGGGAGUUCACCCUGCAGGCCAACAUGAAGCGGCACAUGCUGAUCCACACCAGCGUCCGGCCCUACCAGUGCCACAUCUGCUUCAAGACCUUCGUGCAGAAGCAGACGCUCAAGACCCACAUGAUCGUGCACUCCCCGGUGAAGCCCUUCAAGUGCAAGGUGCCA